AUGUCGUUAACACACUUUGUCAGUGCCGACGGCCUGCACGUGCUCUUCCUGCCAACUGCCAACCAGUACUUGGUGGUCAAUUCCGAAGGUUCCACGGUUUCUUCGUCUUCUCCAGAUGUCGCUGCCAAGGGGAAGGGAUCCACAGUUUCGGCGGUUUUGGGAACCAUUCGCUUCAGAAUCAACAAGUACCUUGUUUUGGUCGACAAGCACGAGGUCACGGGAACCGCCUUGGGCAAGAAAAUCGCCAGGGUCGUUUCCCACAAGAUCCUCCCAUUGGGCAACGAGAGCCUCUCCAAGAAGGACGCCGAGGAGUCCAGCUACUUGGCGCUUUUGGAGCAGCACUUGAAGCUGGCCUCGUUGUUCUUUUCGCUCGACAACGCCUAUGACUUGACCAAUUCCUUGCAGAGACAGCUUGCCGACGGUGUCACCAAGCCCGAUGCUCGUUUCUUCUGGAACCAGUACUUGUCGGAGGAAUUGAUCGCUGCCGGUGCCUCCGCCUUCGUUACUCCUACGAUUUACGGCUACUUCAAGUCUCACACCACCGAGUUCAAGGGCCACCAGAAGUUGGACUUUGCUCUUUUGACUCGUCGUUCAUGGUCCCGUGCUGGUACCCGGUACUUCCGUCGUGGUAUCGACGAGGACGGAAACGUGGCCAACUUCAACGAGACCGAGCAGAUCUUCUUGACCUCUGACAAUCAGCUCUUUGCGUUCCUCCAGACCAGAGGCUCUGUGCCCGUGUACUGGUCCGAGAUCAACGACUUGAAGUACAAGCCCAACUUGGCCAUCUCGUCCAGACCUUCCCAGGACGCCACCGCCAAGCACUUUGAGCAGCAGGUCAAGCUCUACGGCGACAACUACUUGGUCAACUUGGUCAACCAGAGCGGCUACGAGAAGCCCGUUAAGGAUGCUUACGAGGAGGCUGUUCAGACUUUGCCUGCUUCGCUUGCCCAAAAAGUCAAGUACAUCUACUUUGACUUCCACCACGAGUGCAGCAAGAUGCGCUGGGACAGAGUCAAGCUCUUGCUCGAGCACUUGACCCAAUUGGGCUUCAACAACGACAACUUCUUUGCCUACGAUCUCAACACCAACACCGUCAACAGCGUGCAGAACAAGGUCGUCAGAACCAACUGUAUGGACUGUUUGGACAGAACCAACGUGGUGCAGUCCAUGUUGGGUCGCUGGGUGUUGCAGAGACAGCUCGAGUUGAACAACUACUUGUCCUCGGCUGGACAGCCUUGGGAGCUUGUGGAUCCCGACUUCAACUUGUUUUUCCAGAGCUUCUGGGCCGACAAUGCCGACGCUGUGUCCAACGCCUACUCUGGUACCGGUGCGUUGAAGACCGACUACACCAGAACCGGAAAGAGAACCAAGAUGGGUGCCUUGCAGGACUUGAACAACUCCAUCACCAGAUACUACCUCAAUAACCUCAGAGACGGCCACAGACAGGACGCCUACGACUUGUUCUUGGGUAACUACAGGCCGUUCAGAGACUCCAUCAACAGCCCCUUCGUCGACAAGAGAUCGCCAUACAUCCAAUUGCUUCCCUACAUCAUUGGAGCUUCUUUCUUUGUGCUUCUUUCGCUUUUGUUCUGGCCCACCGGCUCGCUUCUCAGCUGGAAGAACAUCUUCAUUGUCAGCGGAUGCCUAUACGUUUUCCUCAAGAACGCCUACUACCUCGUCAAGAACGGCUACCAGUUUGUCGACUGGCCCAAGUUGGUGCCAUUGGACUUCUUGAAGAGAAUUGAGGAGUACUCGCAGGAUGGUAAGUUUGUUGGAGUCAAGUAUGAGGAGCACGAGAACUACAAGACGUCGAAGAAGCAGAUCUAG